GAUUGAAAGGUCUUAUUAAUGUAAUCAUGUACAUGAGUUGAAGUUUCAUACUAAAUCAGCAUUUGUGCUGAGCAAAUUCUAUUUUUAUUCUGCAUGUUGUCUCAAAUAUUACAAGCCUGCCAAAACUGGCUGCCUUUUAUGACAGGUUGAAGGAGAUGAAUGUUUGGCUAAGAAGGAGGAAAAUGAUAGGGGCCCCUGUUUUGUUCAAAUUCUUGAACAUGGAAUAAACAAUGUAACCUUAUCUAGGAAGUUCAAAUGUAGCAUCAUGGUGUGAACAAAUAGAAUAUGUUUUCUUAGACAUUUUCAGCAAUCUUUGUUAAAUCAAGUGGUAAUUGGUAAGAUAUUUGAUAAUGAGUUGGUGGGGAGAAAGGUAUUAUUUGCAUUCAACUCUCUGGAUAGCUGGAGACAAGUCAAUGUUGUGAAGCAGGUGCCAUCUUGAAGGUUUCUCCUCCUGAGGCUAUACACAUCGUUCGAGCUUUUGAACUCUACUGUUUAUAGGAUUAUGGUUGUCUGUUGAGUAAUGAUGAGUUGGAGAAUUCAUCUGUCUCUGCUGGUUGUUUUGGUCCAAGUUUCAGUUCUUGCAGCAUGGACAGAUCCAUAUGACUUUGCUGCGUUGCGAUCUCUGAAAGACAUAUGGGAUAAUGUUCCACCAAACUGGUCAGGGGCUGAUCCUUGCGGAGAUGGUUGGAGUGGGAUUAGCUGCAUUAACAACCGCGUUGUGUCCAUCACAUUAGCGAGCAUCAAUUUGAGCGGUCAGCUAUCUUCAGACAUUGCAAAACUAGCUGAGUUGCAGACCCUGGAUCUAUCAUAUAACGAAGGUAUGACAGGACCUCUUCCAUCGGCAAUUGGAAAUUUUCCGAAGCUAACAAGCCUAAUUCUUGUUGGUUGUGGAUUUUCUGGUCAGAUACCCCCUUCAAUAGGAUCUCUACAACAGCUGGUAUACCUGUCGCUUAAUUCAAACAAGUUCGUCGGAGAGAUACCACCUACCAUUGGUAACUUGUCGAAUCUUUAUUGGCUGGAUUUAGCCGAUAAUAAGCUCAGUGGAAAGAUCCCUGUCUCUGAUGGAAGUACACCUGGUCUUGAUAUGCUUGUCAAAACAAAGCACUUCCAUUUUGGAAAUAAUCAGUUGUCUGGUGAAAUACCUCCCAACCUCUUCAGCUCAAAAUUGACUCUUAUACACUUACUUCUUGAAAACAAUCAGCUGACUGGAAGCAUCCCUAGCACACUUGGGUUCGUGCAGACUCUGGAGGUUGUGCGGCUUGACAGGAACUCUUUAAUUGGACCAGUUCCACGAAACCUCAAUAACCUCACCUCCGUCCAGGAGCUGUUCUUGGCAAAUAACAGGUUGGCUGGACCUUUGCCAAACCUAACUGGCAUGAAUUCCCUCAACUAUGUGGAUUUGAGCAAUAAUUCAUUUGCUGCAACGGAAAUUCCACCAUGGUUUUCAUCUUUGCAGUCCUUGACUUCACUGAUAAUGGAGAACACACACAUUCAGGGGCAACUUCCAGUUGCUUUGUUUAGCCUUUUCCAGUUGCAAACUGUUGCAUUGAAGAACAAUCGGAUCAACGGUACCUUGAAUAUUGGCUCCAACUACAGUAACCAACUGCAGCUGAUUGAUUUACAAAACAACUCCAUCCAAGGCUUCACUCUGCAAGCUGGUUACAGUGUUCAAAUCAUCCUUGUAGAUAAUCCAAUAUGUAAUGGUGGAUCAACACAGAGUUUCUGUAGCAUUCCUCGGCAGUCUAAUUCAUCGUACUCGACGCCAGCUGAAAACUGCACGCCUCUUUCCUGCACUUCAAAUAAAAUUUCCAGCCCAAGCUGCAAAUGUGCAUAUCCCUACAUGGGUACACUCUUUUUCCGGGCUCCUUCCUUUUCCAACUACAGAAACUCGAGUAUUUUUGCCUCUCUUGAGCAGGCAUUGAUGGUUACAUUCCGGUCUCAUAGCAUGCCCGUGGAUUCUGUUUCUUUGAGUAAUCCAACAAAGAACUUAGAUGACUACCUUUAUGUGACUCUGCAAAUAUUCCCUUCUGGUCAAGAUUACUUCAAUCACACAGGAAUUUCUGAAAUUGGAUUUAUGCUGAGUAAUCAAACCUUCAAGCCACCACCUGCAUUUGGACCCUUUUUCUUUAUUGGCAACAGCUAUCCAUACUUUUCAGGUGGGACGGAGAGGUCAAACAAGUCAUCCAACACUGGCAUUAUCAUUGGAGCAGCAGUUGGUGGUACGGUCCUUGUUUUGUUGCUACUCCUUGCAGGAUUUUACGCUUUCCGCCAGAAGAAAAGAGCUGAAACAGAAGCCAAGAAGAGUGAUCCGUUUGCAUCCUGGGACCCAAACACAAACAGUGGUGGUGUUCCUCAGUUGAAAGGAGCAAGAUGUUUCUCAUAUGAAGAACUUAAGCGAAGCACAAAUAACUUUUCAGAAACCAAUGAAAUAGGAAGCGGUGGCUAUGGAAAGGUAUACAGAGGAAUUCUUUCCAACGGACAACUGGUUGCCAUUAAAAGAGCUCAGCAAGGAUCCAUGCAGGGUGGUCUGGAGUUCAAAACUGAGAUUGAGCUCCUCUCAAGGGUUCAUCACAAGAAUGUUGUCAGUCUAGUAGGCUUUUGUUUCGAGCAUGGUGAACAAAUGCUGGUGUAUGAGUACAUUGCGAAUGGCACAUUGAAGGAUAGUCUUUCAGGACGAUCAGGAAUUAGAUUGGAUUGGAUGAGGAGACUCCGAAUAGCUCUUGGAGCAGCCAGAGGGGUGCAAUAUCUGCAUGACCUUGCGAACCCUCCCAUCAUACACAGAGACAUCAAAUCAAACAAUAUCUUGUUGGACGAACGCCUGAAUGCUAAAGUAGCCGAUUUUGGCCUCUCUAAGCCUCUGGGUGAAUCUGAAAGGGGUCAUGUUACCACUCAAGUCAAAGGCACAAUGGGAUACUUGGAUCCUGAAUAUUACAUGACACAGCAACUGACUGAGAAGAGCGACGUAUAUAGCUUUGGCGUAUUGCUACUGGAACUCUUGACUUCAAGAAGUCCUAUCGAGAAGGGGAAAUACAUUGUUAGAGAAGUGAAGCAAGCAAUGGAUAUGACCAAGGAUAUGUAUAACCUUCAGGCCUUUCUCGAUCCAAUAGUUGCUUCAGGUAUGUCGUCAAGAAGUAUAGAGAAGUUUGUUGAUCUGUCUCUGAGGUGUGUUCAAGAAUCAGGCAUUAACAGGCCGACAAUGAGUGAGGUGGUUAAAGAGAUAGAGAGAAUCAUGGAAAUUGCAGGCCUGAAUCCUAAUGCUGAAUCUGCAUCAACUUCAGCAACUUAUGAAGAGGAAAGCAAAGGUUUGAACCAUCCCUACAGUAACGAAAGUAUGUUUGCCUACAGUGGGGGUUAUCUCCCUCCAAAGUUGGAACCUAAGUAGGGUUGGUUCAUGAUGAGAUGAACUAAGUUGUAAAUUUCUAUUUGGAUCAAUGUGUUGAGAAUUGGGCAUGUUUUGGAUGUAAGAGCCUAGGAAAAGAAUGCCAUGUGAAAAAGAGAAAGACAUGUAAACUGCUGUAGUCAUUUGAUGAGUGAAUGAUUGUAUUUCUUGUGCAAAGAA